UAGUACCAUUAUUCCCUCCCUGGCUUUGCCAACCGCCAUCACUUGCCCAACCUUCACUCUUUCUUCUCAACUUCUCCUCUCCGGCAGGUCAUGACCCUGACCCGCUCCAUCCAACACCGCAACCCUAAGCCUGAAGUUCAAUCCCGAAAGCCCUCCGGAGCAACCGCCAUGCGCCUCAUAGUACCUCUCCAAGGCGUGGUCCAAGGAAGAGGAGGCCUAAUCUUCGGCUCCCUUAUCCCAUGCGCUCUCUUCUACUUCCUUCAACUCUACCUCAAACGUCACCGUUCUCCCAACUCUCAGUCCAGUCCUUCUUCCCCCUCCACGUCGUCAUCCAACCUGGCGGAGAUGACGAGAACCUCUUCGCGCUCCAAUCUUUUGUCACGCGGCUCGAUUGGACCGGUUCGGAUAUCUUCUCGGGCGAGUUCCAUUGCAAAACCGAACGACUCGCCGUAUUAUGUCGGGUUGGAUAAGGCUUCUGAGGAUCCGUAUGACAGAAUAGGUAACCCGGAUGGGGUUAUCCAGCUCGGCUUGUCAGAGAAUAGGCUGUGUUUUGAUUUAAUUGAGAAAUGGAUGUUGGAGAACUUGAGGGAUUCGAUAAUGGGAAGAGAGGGCGGUGAUUUGAGCAUUAGUGGGAUUGCAACUUACCAGCCUUUUGAUGGAACAAUGGAACUCAAACUGGCUAUGGCAGGUUUUAUGUCUCGUGUUAUGGGAGGAGCUGUCUCAUUUGAACCAUUGCAGAUGGUUUUAACAGCGGGUGCGACUCCUGCAAUUGAGACAUUAUGCUUCUGCUUGGCAGAUCAUGGGAAUGCAUUUCUUGUUCCGACACCUUAUUAUCCUGGUUUUGACAGGGAUGUGAAAUGGCGAACAGGAGUGGAGCUAAUACCCGUCCAUUGUCGCAGCACAGACAAUUUCAUGUUAACUAUCAGUGCACUGGAUCAAGCUUUCAACCAGACAAGGAAACGAGGAACAAAAAUUCGGGGAAUUCUCCUUUCAAACCCUGCAAAUCCUGUUGGCAAUUUACUUUCUCGGGAGAUGCUUUACGAUCUUUUGGACUUUGCUCGAGAGAAGAACAUCCAUAUUAUAUCAGAUGAAAUAUUUGCAGGGUCUAUGUAUGGCAAAGAGGAGUUUGUCAGCAUGGCUGAAGUUCUUGACUCAGAGGAUUCUGAUAAAAGCAGGGUUCAUAUAGUGUAUGGGCUAUCAAAGGACCUCUCUCUCCCAGGAUUUAGGGUUGGAAUGAUCUAUUCAUUUAAUGAGAAUGUUUUAGCUGCUGCUAGAAAAUUAACUAGGUUUUCUUCUAUUUCUGCUCCAACCCAAAGGUUACUAGUUUCAAUGCUGUCGGAUACAAGAUUCAUUGAGGAAUACAUUGAGACCAAUAAAAAGAGGAUACAAAAUAUGCAUGAUUUGUUUGUGGCUGGUCUGCAAGAGUUAGGUAUUAAUUGUGCAGAUAGCUCUGCUGGCUUGUAUUGUUGGGCUGAUAUGAGCAAAUUAACUCCCACUUACAGCGAGAAAGGUGAACUUGAGCUAUGGGAUAUGCUAUUGAAUGUGGCUAAGAUCAAUGUAACUCCUGGCUCAGCUUGCCACUGCAUAGAACCAGGAUGGUUCCGGUGUUGUUUUACUGCCUUAGCUCCGGAGGACAUUCCUGUCGUUAUGGGGCGGAUUCGAGAAGUUGCUGAAAUCUGUACGCAAUCCAGUUGAAAAUACUAUAAAUCACAUUUGAGCUAUUUGCUUUGAUCACUGGUAGGAUUUCUCUGUCAUAGAUAUUUCUUUUGCAACUAAACAAGAGGGUGCGGGCAUGCACAAUAUCUAAGUUGGAUCUUCAACACAGAUUUGACUCCGUUGAUGUUCUUGCAGCUUUAUAAUAACAUUGAUACAUUCCAGGCUUGUAAAUUAUUUACAUCCUAAUUUUCUGAAGCCAGAAACUGAUUUGGAAGCUUCUUGAUGUACUGAUUUUAGGGUUGUAUUGAACAGCAAAGCCAAUUGGGCCCCUCUACUACAAGAAUUUCAGUCUUGGUUGGAACUUCUUCCAUUGCAAUCCUUCAAUCAGUUUGAUGCCAGUUCCAAAGAUGCAGCAUCCGGGAGCUCUUUCCUUCAGAAAUUCCUGUCAUAGUUUCAUUCAGGCAAGAGUAGAAUGUUAUUAGUAGAUGGUUAGAAUUACAACUUUUUGUUUCUAUGGUAGUGCCAAAAGGUGAUAAUAUUGGUUUUUUGGACAAAAGAAAUGAAAGAAGAUAAUUUGAAAUGCAAAUUUUUGCUCUUUUAGUUUAAUGAAAAGCAGUUUUGUUCUAGACA